AUGUCUGUAGAUGCAGACUUAGGGGAUCUCCUAGCUAAGGUGCUCCCCAGAGGGGUCGAGCUCACUGUGCGCCACGUCUCAUCAACACCAAUUCCGUCUCCAGCGCUCUUCGCCGCAGCUCCGGGCCAGGACACCGAGCCCACAUUCUGUGAAAAUCACUUUCUGACCAUCUCAAUUGAUCGUGCUGGUGAUAAUGGAGGCGAGAUCAUCGUGUUUGGAAUGGAGGUGAUGGUCUACAACACGGCCCACCUGACCACCAUCUUCGUCUCCAAGGCCGACUCCACAGGACUCCUGCACCUAUUGGAACUGCCGCGCAAAGUCUCGGUUUUGAGACUCGUCUCCACCACCUUUCUCUCAUUUCUCACGCGGACACGCCAACGGCCGGGCGUGCGUCUGGUUGUGUCGCUGUUUGCGCGUGCGCAGAACCAGUACUUGUUCUCGGGCAGCAUCGAGAACCCCAAUAAACAUGUCCUAGAUGAUCGAGGUCUGAUCAAAUGGUGGUGUCGCACCUUGGACCCUAUUCUCCGUGAGCAGGAGCCUGAGUCUGUCUUCUCGGAAACCAAACGCCUCGGUCAAACGGCUGAGGCUGCCACAGCCUCUGCGACGGCGUACCUGAUUGUUCCCGGCUGCGACAAAUUCGAAACCAGAACCUUCUUUCCAACCACAGCCAAGUCCGACCCACAAGAUUGCCCCCGAUGGCUUAACAGCUAUCCACUUCACCAGUUGUGUCCCGACCCAAAGGCUCCUCCGCGCUGCUUGGUCCCUCGCCUGCCAGACGACCCCAAAACUCGUUUCCUGAUUGAUCUGGAUGAUGAGCUUCCAGAGCCAGCUGAGGGUGAGAACUCACCCCCUAAUAACGGCCAAUGGCGCAGCGUGAGGUCUCUAGAUCAGUUUUGGGAGAUGAUGUCUUUCAGGCAGGAGUGCUCUGCCGGCCGGUUGGUGGGCUUUCUGUGGCUGGUGGUCAAUCCUCCCGGUUUGCUCAACUCGAUAUCCAUGGCGAGCCAAACACGCAGCUUGGCAGAGGCUGGCCAGGUCAACAAGGGUGCUACGGGAUCGAAGGACGCAUCAAACCACGAUGAACAGCUGGCGAGUUCUAGCCUCGAUGCACCGAUCGAUGCCUCUGUGUCCUUCCCAAAUACAGUAUCAGCUUCUGAACAACAACGACAGCAAACAAAUACAACAUCUCCUUUCGGCCAUCACCCCGUCGGAUCAUCAGCUGAACUCCGAUCCAAAGGCCAAGCUGCUGACGCCAAUCCCUUCUACUGGCCCGAAGCCGGGAGGGGACACGUGGUGCUGAGCGACGGCGACUACAAGAAAAUGAUGAACUCGUUCCUGGAUUCAUUCUACGACGAAAAAGAGGCCGUCGCCAGCACCAAAACCUACGUCAACCAUGUUGCCUGUCUGGCAGACCAACUCUUGUGGGGCAAGCGAAUUGUCGGCAAUAGUACGCCGGAGACUAGCAGCACUCAGUCCCUGCAGCCGAGCAAUGUUUUGGAUCGUGGAUUGGUUCGCAAGCGGAAGAAGCCUGACGCUGAAGCGGGCAAGACUGCCGCUGCCGAAGGGGAGCAGGUGUCGAGCAGAUCCCAAGAUACUUCUCCAGGGGUCAAUAUGCUGAAUGCCAGUCUGAUUCGGAAGAAGAAGAAGACAUAG